CACGAAGGCACGACAGGCAGAUUGGACGGAAACCGUGCCGUCGACGAGGUCAUUCCGUCUCGGGAACCAUGAAGGACAUUUCGAUGCGGCAAAAGGUGCGCAGCGCACGGAAGGGCCGAAGUAAGAAGGGCGCAGAGAUCUUUCACGAGCGCCGCAAUGACUCGGUCCAGCAGACCCGUGACAAAAAGAAGCAGGCGCGAAAACGAUUGCGCAUGGUGCAAAUUCAGCGCCAUGUCGACAAGCACCUUGAGUACCUUCACGCGUACCCAAUCGAGCAAUACCACGUUGUCAAGCGCCCGAAGGGGCCACUCAAACCAGAGGAAUGGAAGUUGCGUGGCGCCGCACGGCCUGCCGCGCUUUUGGCUCGCAUUGCCAAUGGUGAGUGCGACGAGGAUGGCAACGAAUUCAAGGCACCCGAACCGACCAAAGACUUCUUUGAAGAAAUGCGUGGACGAUUUGCCGAGCACAAGGACACUUUGGAAUACCUUCGACUGCGAAAAGACUUGGCGCUGGCCACGUGUGCGGCGGGCAUGAUUGACAACGGCAUUGCGCACUUCGAAGAGUGCAUUGAGCUUGAUCCGACUGAUGUCAUUUGCGCCCGAGAAGGGUUGGUUUGUGCCCUCAUCGACGAAGGCCGUGCCGACGAGGCGCGGGCCCUGAUUGAGCGCUACGACAACGUGUCACCUGUGCUCGAGUACUGCCGCACGAUCAUUGAAUACGUAUCUUGGGAAGUUCUCGAAGAAGAAGGUUCAUCCGAGGAUGUGGUGCAAGCGGCAUUUACCAAGGCCUGGAACGGCAAUCCGUUCAUCGGGGUAUUUAUUGCCGGUCUCGAUGCGUUCAACUCGGUCGUCGAGUACGUCGAAGACAUUAAAAACCCUGGCGAGGGGUCGAUCGAAGAAGCAUUUGUUUACUGCGCCCACAACAUUGGCGUCUGGCUCGAUACAGUUGGCGCCCAAGCAUGGAUCCAAAAGGAAGUGGCCGCGCGAGGGAUCCCCGACGCGACUGAAUCGAACUGCGCGGACCCGAUGUACCUUGGAAUGUACACCACCGCUGUGGAAAUGUACAAAGAAGAGUUGGAAGUGGAAGCGGCGGCCGCUGAAGGGGACGGCAACGAACACAAUGACGAAUAGCAUGGUGCAUGUGGACGAUGGCUGCAGCUGUGGCUGGCAGCAGCAGCUUAGUCUGGCGCACGCAAGGGUUAUAUCAGUGGAAUUGAAUGCAGGGACUGCGUGAUUGUUUGAAUCGUGAAUGCUUCGUCUGCUUUUACCGUUUGUGAGCACGGUGAGCUGCGAAUUCCAC